CGACCGGCAGCAUCCGCCGUCAGUCCGCCGAAGCGACCACGUCGAGCCAUUGGAUCAUCGGCACGGCAAGGAUUCAUUGAAUUGCGUACAAGGGAGCGGCAACAAAAAAACAGCUGAGUGUUGGAGCGCGUCCAAGGUGCAAACUGUCAAACGGGAUCGUGCGCGAUCCCGCGUGCUACGAUCCUUUGUUUCUACGCCAUGUGCCGUCACGCGUCACUCCCGUGGUGUUCGUGUGUGCGACUGUACGCGCAAACAAUGCAUAAUUAGCAGUGUUCGACAGGGGGCGGAAAUGGGCGGUAACAGCCACCAGCGCUAAGACAGGGAGAGAGACACGUUAAGAAGGUGACCACUUAGCCGACGAGCAGCUGUUACAUCCGUUACACGUGCGAGCGAGUGUUGUACUGUUGUGUGUGGUGUGUGCAGUUCGUGUAUUCAUUGUUCUCCGUUUUGGUUUGUAAAUACUCCGUCAAUGGCCACCGCCGUUUCGAUCCGCGCACCGUGGACACCGCUGUAACGGCUGCACACCACUACACGAUGGCCGUCCCGCGGGGACGGCGAAGGUGCAUGCUGCUACUUCUGCUGCUCCUGCGGUGGUAGUGGUGGUGAACUGCAGCAGCGGAAACCCGCAUCCACCCCAUCAUCCGGACCGGAUCCACGGGGGGGGGGAUUGCUAUGGAGAACGGAGAGACGAUGAGAGUAUAGCGAUAACGAUGAUGAUGAUCAAUAUGGCGAUGACCCACACGAUUAACCUCCACUAAAAGGCGCGAGCCGCCCCGUCAUCCGCCGUGUAGGCGUCCGCGGAUCCGCCCGGGCGAGACCAUUCCGGGGGUUGUUCCGUAGCAAAAGAGGUUGGGGAGAAGGAGAAAAAAGUGCUGUGUGGGUUGAUAGUAACGUGUGUGCGUGAGUGUUCAGCGAUCGUCUAUUGCCAAAGCAUUAGACAAACGGCAGCGACCGGCAUUCGCUUGUCUUAACAUCGUGUUCCCAAGCAAAGUGAAGAAAGAAAAAUCAUCAAUCCGCAAGCAUAUAAAAUAACACACAAAAAUACCACCAAAUUUACCGAAAGAAGAAAAACAUCAGCAAACAUCAUUCAACGACUUGACCAACCCUCCCCUCCUGGGGGCCCUGUAUUUGCGUGUGUGUGCGUGUGUGUUUAGUGAACGUCCACGGUGCAUGAUCCGCCACAAUCGCUGGCCGUUCGUCUGAUCAUUCCACCUCCCUCCCCUCUGUUUCUCUCUCAAUCUGUUUCUCUGUCCGUCCCGGUGGCGGCUUGACAACAAACAAACAAAAUUAAACGGCCCCAACGGUCAAUAGAGUGUGGCCGGUCGGUCGGUCAACAACAAAAAUACAAACACACUACGGCGGGGCUGCGUGCUCCCAUUUACUAUCGAGCAAAAGGGAAAAAGUGGCUGCGUUUGCGAACCAUUUGUGUACCACAUUCGUCGGCGACCCGAUAAGCCGUGUAUCGUGAAGCAGUUGGAGAUCCAGGGUGGGUUUCCUGGAUAAUACCUUCGCUCUAGGUCCGGUACACGUAACAGCAGACGCAACGGGAUUCCUCAGUUGGCAAACAUGAUGUAAGAGUAGCAUCCUACUUUAAAAUACUCCGAAUAAAAAAAAGGCGCACAAGAAAGAAGCGGAUGCAGGAUAUCCGUUAUCCAAUAUCCGAUCGAAACGUUAGAAUAAAAACAACCGUACGUUAAUAGCCGAUUAAUGGAAACCAGCAGUAGCGGUGCAGAGACAAAGAGCAAGCGACAGAACGACGGACGCGAAAGGCGCAAGCAGGCACCACCGGAAAGGUCUGCAGAGCAGAAGCAGCGAGGCAGAAACAGGAAGGAAGAUCAGAAAGUGUCACUACAGGACGCAAAAUAUAUCUAGUAACGUGGCCAUAGAGGAGAAGAAAGUGCCAGGUCUUGAUGCGGCCCCAUGCCAGCUUCCGGCGAAGCAGAAAAGCAUGAUCCCCCAAAAGCAACCGCCAGCCCAGUCGCCACCGUCGUCAUCCACGUCGUCGUCGUCACCGUCGUCCUCUUUCAAUGCCACUAGCAGCAGCAGCAGCAGCAUCAUGACAACGAGCGUCGGCUCAGGAACACCGGCAGGGCCGGGUGGUGCCACGGCCACCACUACCACGACGACGACGACGAUGGUGACGGAGAAGGCAGCCGUCAGCCAGCAGAGUGCAAUACCGCGCCAGCAUCCGAAGAAGCGCAAGUUCGAUCUAGCCGAGCUCGAGGAGAUGUCAUCGCAUCGGCCGGCCCUGCCGCAGCCACCACCAGCGACAGUCCAUUCGAGCGCAGCCGAGGGGAAACCGUCGGCACCGCAACCGAUGGACACGGGCGGUGGGAGUGGUACUGGCGCGCAGAACGGCAUUGGCCACGGUUCCGGCAAUUUCGAUGUAUAUAGUAGCACUGGCGGUGCCAGCAACGGCAAUGCCAGAAGUAAUAUUAGUAGUAGUAAUCACAACGUCAGACCGGGCGAGUCUGUGGCCCUCGUGGAGCACGAACGCCCUGGAACCGGGUCGUCCACCAGUGUGUACCGCGAACGGACGCUAAACUGCAACGAUCGCCACCCGGCAGAGAGUCCCGGGGCACCAUCGCCGGCUUCCAACGGGACGCUAUCGAGUGUACAACACCGGGACAGUCCAGGGCUAAGCCAGUCAUCGUCGGCGUCGGCGUCCACGACGAUGAACCUAUCGACCUCGACCUCUGCACACGGUGCAGCAACGCAGCUGACGAUAGCGGCCAACCAUGGCAGUAUCCCGGUGCAGCAUUUACAGCACCGACCCGCGAUGCAGUAUCAUCCGGUACAGCAUCAGAACCACCAUCACCUCCACCACCAGCAGUAUAAUCCACCAAGCAGCAGCCCGGGAAUGGUGAUGGUUGGUAGCAGCAAUGGCGCACCGUCCUCAUCAUCGGUAUCGUCGGCUGCAACCGGCGCCACGGUGAACCGAUCUCAGAACUACACCAUUUCCACGAUCGCCGUACAGCCCACGGCGUCCCCACCCGUAGCCAUGCACUCAGUUCUCUCGAGCUCACUCCAUCCACAGCAGCGGCAACAAGUGUCGCAGCAGCAACAGCAUGUCCUACAACAUCCCCUGCAUCAUUCGCACUCGCAGGCGAUCGGGCACAACCGGCAGAUACUGCUGACAGUCGAUCAGGCCACAAUUCGGCAGCAACAACCACAGCAGCAGCAGCAACAGCAACCGGUCUUGCGGUUGCAUCAUACGUCUUCGCCGCCGGAGACGUUCUACGUGAGCAAGAAGCUGUACACUACGCCAUCGUACGGCUCUCCAGGAGGUUACAAACCUUCCGCCACGCCACCGACAUCGUUGUCUACUACGUCGACCUCCUCGCCCGUACAUCAACUACCGGCAGUAGCAACAUUCUCCGUGCCACAGCAUCACUACCAGCAUGUCCGCCAGCAGUCUCCCCCGGUACCACCGCCAUCGUCGUCGUCAGCAUCCGGUUCGCUAAUGGUGUCCGAGGAGCUUUACUCACCUCAACCGCAGCACCGAUCGCAUGCCUCAUCCAGCUCGUCCGUUGCAGCGGAAACGGGAAGUACGUCUGCGGGUGGCCGUAGCACCACCACCAGCAACGCCACUACCACCGUGAUCGAUCUGAGCGAAUGGAUUAACCAUCGAGUUCUGGCGAGGCGGAAAGAUGUAUACGACUCCGGGCGAAUUCGGACCACGGCCGCACCGAGCACGGUGGUGAUUGGGUUUGAUCACCCGGAGGGUAGUCAGCAAGCGUAUGACAAUGUGCUGGACGUGUUCAGUCCACACCAUCGGCAAGAAAUCAUCGACGAUGUGCGACCAGCAUUGACCGAUCUGCAGCCGGGCGUGCGGGUUUGCGUGCGUGCCACCUGCGUCCAUCCGCAUCCCGGCACUACCGGUGGGGGCGAUGUGUUCGUCGAGGGCAUCGUGAAGGAGGUGCACGCCAACAAGCAGUUCUCGGUGCAGAUCACUGGCGGUGGAGGCGACGUGAGCGACAAGCAGGAGCUUCGGAUCGUGAAACGGGUCGACAUGCGUCUGCUGAAACCACCCUGGUGGGACGAGCUGGAAGAUGCCCUGGACGGUGGGAGUGUUGUUGAAGCAGGACCUAGCCGAUCCAAUGCCAUCCCGAACGAUCACCGAUCGUCAUCGCAGCAACUCCAUGCGGAAGCCGGUGGAUCGAGUAAAUCACAGCACCAGGCACCCGCCAUGGUAAGCUACAUCAUCAGCGGUGACCCACUGCAUCACCACCACCAUCCGCACGGCAAUGGAAGUGGCGGUAGUGGCAGUUCCGCGGAGAGUGGCGCACCACCACCGACGAUCAUCUACACCGGUGGUGCUCCGUACAAGGGAAGCAUCAGCAUCACGCAGGGACGUGGAGUUGCGUCCGUCGCGACCGGCUCGUCGCAAGAUCCGCAGCAACAACUGGCGUCGGUCCAUGUGCCAUUGCAGCUGCACCACGUGCUAGCGGCGAGCUCAGCUUCGGGGGAAGAAACGCCACAACAGCAUCACUACCGCAGUGCCGCAACGUCUCCCUUUCAGUCGACGCAACUGUCGACGAUUGGUGAACACCAUCGCGAUCGCGACAUCCCACAGGGCGGGGCAGGAAAUGGUGGACAUUAUGGAGCCCGGUCGCACGCCCAUCAUUCGCACCAUCAGCAGACACAAAUGGGAGGCACACCGGCACCGGCUCACAGUGGUAAUACGGUCGGGCCACUUGUAGUAGCUUCCAGCUCGAGUGGCGGUAGCGGCAGUGCCGUUGCUGGCAAUAGCAGUAGUUCAGUAUUACGGACCGUCAGUCCGGACGACCUGCGCACCACGAACCGUAGCUACGACUACGAGAGCGACGACGAAGUGCGAAGCAGUUUCCCCAUGGAUGGAGAAACUGAAAAAUACUCAGGCAGUAGCAAGCGCAGCAGUAUGCAAAGCCGUGGAAGUACCUCAAGCUUACUGGACCAACGAAGUACACCUCGAUCUCAACCAGCAACUCCAAGAUCUCAAGCGGCCACACCGCACCGAUUCAAGAAGGGUGACGUCGUCUCGACGCCGACCGGCAUCCGGAAGAAGUUCAACGGCAAGCAGUGGCGCAGGCUGUGCUCGAACGAAACCUGUUCGAAGGAAUCUCAACGACGCGGCUACUGCUCGCGGCACCUCAGUCAGAAGGGCAACGCGCUCCGAUCGUCCACCAGCUCGGUGACGAACCACUUCAACAGCCGAUCUAGCAGCAAAACGCAACUGGAUGAGGAAACAUCGAGAGAUUCCGAAACAUCGCCACACUACCGCGUCGCAAGACAAUUCGAUCAGGACGAGACGGACGCAGCCAAUAUGUUGGUGUCCCUCAGCAGUUCCCGUUCGGCGACCCCGAGCAACUCUUUCUCGUCGCCGACGGGGCACGGAUCGUCGCCGCUGGCCACACAGUCGCCGGUUAUGAUUGGCAACCGGCAGAAUCUGUUCCUGCCCAUUGGCAGUCCGGCCCCGUUGAGUGACCCGCACGGCAGCGGUAGCACCGGUAGUGGCGGCAGCAAGUACAAAACGAACACACCGAGCCCAAACCCGCACGCAAUCGCCGGCGGCGGGAUUGGAGUAGGAGGAGGUGGAGGUGGAGGCGGGAGUAUCGGAAUUGGUAGCAGUAGCCAUCACCAUCAGUUAAUUCGUCCGGAAUCGCUUCGGCCUGCACAACAACCACCACCUCACGCGGUCACGGUUGCGACCGCCCCACCACCGACCGGCCACGCGACAAGUGUCAUCCGGAUGUCGCCGCUCUACACGCAGCAUAACAGUGCGCACCAGUCGUCCCUGUACUCGGCGUAUUCGCAACAGCAAGGAGCGGGAGGUGGAAGUGGAUCGGCAAGUGCGUCAUCGGUAUCAUCCGCCUCUUCGCAGCAAGUGAUAGUGGAUGCGUCGACUUCCGGUAGUACUUCCGGAGGUCAGCAGCAACAGCAACAGACACAGCAUCACCCACUGUCCUUGCAGCAACAACCGCACGCGUUGGUCACCACGCCUGGUGGACGCUUACAACAGGCGAAUCCGGGUCAGGUGCAUCUCGUACAACAGCAGACGCAACAGUCGCCUACAUCUUCCCACCUCGGUCAGCCUCCCCAAGCGCAUCACCACCAGCAGCAGGCGGUGCUGCAGCAGCACAUCCAACUGCAACAACUGCCCCCACAACAACAACAACAACAGCAGCAUACAGUGGUAUUGACCAGCCAACACCACCACCAUCAAGCCCUUACCAUGCCAAAAAACGGCAUUAGCACGGGUUCCACCUAUCAAUGGCAUGCACUGCUUCCGAUCAUACACGGUCCGUCGGCUCUGGCGAAGGCGGCAGCAUCGGCAAACAAUAGCCACCUACACCAUCCGCUCAUCGUGGCCCCGCAGAGCUACGGGCUGCCACUCCCACCGCCACCGAUAUCAACGCAGGGAGCGCCGCUAUCAGCUUCCCACCCGGGAGCAGCCCCGUCGGCGUUGGCCGUUUCGCCACCGUCGUCGUCAUCGAUUGGAAGCGCCUCCAGCACUACCCGGCUGUCAUCGUCGUCGGCGUCGUCGUGCUCGUCGGCAGCGGUCGCUGCUGUCGCCCCGGCGAAGAAGCUGUACACUCCGCCGCCACCGCCACCGGAGGAUAUCUCGAUCGAUGAUGACGACCAGGGAGACGAUGAUGUCUUUGAAGCAGAGCCCGUGAAAAGCACUACCACUACGAACCAGAACAAUAGUAACCCAUCGUCCACGAUGGGACCGAGCAGCAAGGCGGCGGCGACAGGGGGAGGGAAUUCCUCCCAUAGUUAUCUUUUGGGAAGCACCGGGGGUGGUUCAUCCGGCGGUCACAUGCUGGUACGCGGUCUGGACAUUGAAGCGCCGGCAAAGCUUGCCACCACGGGUGCGACGGAGAGUGCCGAAUCGAUCGCGAAACGGCGCACACAAUCGUGCAGUGCCGCAUUGCAGGCGGCCGCAGUAGCGAACGGUGGCGCUGGGGGCCAAGGUAGUGGCGGCGGAGGAGGCAGCAGCACUCCGAAGGAACCGCAGAGCCCGCUCAACAAGAAGGACGCCAAGAUACGGCGGCCGAUGAAUGCGUUUAUGAUCUUCUCCAAGCGCCACCGGGCGCUUGUGCACCAAAAACACCCGAACCAGGACAACCGGACGGUGAGCAAAAUUCUGGGCGAAUGGUGGUACGCACUGAAGCCGGAAGAGAAAACCAAGUACCACGAGCUGGCGAGCGAAGUGAAGGAAGCCCACUUUAAGGCGCACCCCGAGUGGAAGUGGUGCUCGAAAGAUCGCCGCAAGUCGUCCUCGUCGGCGAAGGAAGGUGCCGGGGGUGGGGCAGCAGGUAGCGGACUUACCGCUGCUAGCAACAACAGCAACAGCCGGGGCCGUAUCGAUUCGUUCGAAGGCAACGAUUCGUUCGACGAGAAGAGUCCGAAGACACCGUCGGAGCUUAUGACGCCGGGCGCGAUGGGAGGAGGUGGUGGAUCGUCGAACGAUAUCAUUCCACUGACCGUCGCCCCGUACAACACGGUCGACGAUGCAUCGGAAACGGCGGGUAUGAUGAUGCCACCGACCUCUACUACCUCGUACAGCAGCCAGCAACAGCACCAUCAGCAGCACCAUGCGUCGACGUUCUCCAUUGCGGGAGGCAAACACAACAGCAGCAGCAGCAGCAGCAACAAACCCGAAGCGAUGGCUGUCGAUGAUGGUCCGGAUGGUGACGGUGACCAGGACAAGGACGACGAGCGGAUGGAUAUCUCCGUCGGAGACGAGCAAAUGGAUGAGGGUGGUGUUGAUGGUGGCGGUGCAGGCCGCGGUAGCAUCUCCGAUGACGACCACCAGAUGGUCAUUGCUGUCGAGGAACCGACGGCCCGAGAGCGAAAGCAUGAAAUCGAUCUCAAGUGUGCUGAAAAGGUUUCUGAUGACAAUGGACCAAGCAGCGCCGGUGGCCUGCACUACCACCAUGCUAGCAACGGCGACGUUGCAACGGAUUAUUCGAUUAAGGCACUGACCGCAAGUGUCCCGACAACCCCUGGCGGAGCCAACUCGGCGUCGUCUAGCUCGGGAGAAGCUCCGGCGGGCUUGACGACAUGCAAACCGAAACCGAUCAAAGCGGCCGCAAUCCGACAGCAGUCGAUCGAUGGCACAUCGACGGUUGCCAACACCAACGGUAGUGGUGGCAGUGGCGGCAACAGUGGUGGUGUUGGUAAUGGUGACGGUAACAAUGUAUCCGGCACCGGUACGUCCCGAUCAGGGCCGAUCGGCGGGUAUCAGCAACAUCAACAGCAUCAUCACCAUCCGAUCGGUUACGCGUACAGCAGCCCGAAGAAUCCGGUCGGGGUAUCACCAUUCCAGCCAACAGGAGGAGCCUUCAAGACGAUGCCCCAGAGCCCCAAAACGUUGGGCAAGCAGGAUCACCCAUCGUCGUAUCUACUCUCGCCCGCCCCGUCAACACCGACGGCUUCGAUAAAGUUGGAACCGGCAGAAAAUCUUUCCACCAUCACCACCAGCAGCGGCAGUCGUUCGCAGGGUGAUACCAUUUUCAACUUUUCCACUGCGGCCAUAAAGGAGCAGCUGCAGCCAGCUGGUGGAAACAGCUAUCACCAUAGAACCGAACAGCAGCAGCAGCAGCAGCCGAAGCAGCAGCUUCUGGUGGCCGUGAGCAGCAACGGUGAUGGACACUUGACAACGUCGUCGAUCACAUCGAGCGCAGGCAACACCAGCACCACCACCGUGACCCCACCGGGCAGCGGCGGCUCCACCUCGACGGACAAAUGUAAAUCGAUUUUAAGCCUCAAUCCCACCAUCUGUUACACGAUCGCAAGUGUUAAUGGUAACAACAACCACAACAAUCACCAGGUGGUGGCCACUAGUAGCAAUGCAAACCUUAAGUCUAGUACUAACGCAAUAGUGAUGAGCAUGAAACAAGUUCUACCCGUGACGCCCUCGUCUUCGUCAUCAUCGUCCUCGUCGGCCACGAUCACGGCCGCUUCCUCCAUCUCCUCCACAUUGCCUUCGACUCUCUCGCUGUCGUCCGCUGUUACCGGUUCGUUACUGCAUCAACACCACGCAGGCCAAACGCAGUCUCCCGCUGCCACGGUGACAUCCAUCGGCUACUCGCUGCUGAACAAUAGCAACGUCGUCGCCACAAUGGCCACCGAUUUGAGUGGGGCUGCCGCCGCUGCCAUGACAACGCCCUCCAGUCAUCAUCCAGGGACGGCGACGGCCACGGCUGUCCUUACGUCCACCCAGCGGCUUCCGGGGCGCCAGAAACUUAUGCUUUGCCCGCAGUUUGCCCUAGUCCUUCCCGAUAACCAACAGUUCACGUUAAGUGAUCGGUCCAAGAUUUCGUUCGCCAGUCUGUCCACGGCGACCGGUUCGCCCGCGUACGCCAUCAAGCCUGCGCAGCCCCAUGCCGCCACCACCUUCUUUACCACGUCUGCCGUCUGUCCCUCGUCAUCCGGUGCCUCAUCCUCCUCCUCCACUUCCACCAUUGCCUACGCACUAACAUCGCCUUCCUCGUCAUCCCUUCCUGUGAUCGGUCCCACAACCCGGCUCGCCAGCAAUGGCAGCGUGAAACUAACCACCAUCCUACCGACAACAGUAUCUUCAUCAUUCACCAUCCCUUCAUCAACCACUACUACUUCUACCACCAUCUCAUCAUCUUCGUCGUCGUCGUCGUCGUCGUCGUCGUCAUCAUCGUCGGCAUCGUCGUCGGAUUCUGUGGUUAACGUUAGCGGCAAGUCCACCACGACCAUCACUGCCGCUUCCGCCGCCGCCACCGCCGCCACCACUAUUCCCGUACAAUAUUUGAUCCAAGGCAAUCGAAUAUCGAAUCUUCUCAUCUCCACAACACAGGGCUACCCGGCGCAGAUCCAGCAGUACUCGACGGUCAAACAGGAACCCCCGGAAUCGCCCGGUGCAGCGCGGCACCUGCCCAUCACACCCAACUCCACCAGCACGUCCGGUGGCAGUGGCGGCAACAACUCGUCGUCUUCUUCCUCCUCCACGUCGUCGGUCGUGUCGGGCGAUGGCGGGACGGGCAGUACGGUCUCAGCGGCCGGUACGGAACCCGAUCCCUCGCACGAGGAGGAAACGGACGAGGACUUUGGGGUACCGCCCGAGAGCAAAAAGUUCAUCCUGGCACCGACCCCAGCCCAGCUGGGCCGAGCACCGCUCCAGCGACGCCAGAUGAGCGGUGGCAGCAACAGUAGCAACAGCAGCAACAGUGGCACGCUGCCCGAACCGGUGCAGCAGCAGCAGCAGCAGCAGCCACAAAACAAUGGCACAUUGCAGCAGCAGCCGAUGAUGACCGAGGACGAGGAAACGCACCAUCCGAUGGAAACGAACCACAACCACACCGCGAUGCCAUCCGCACUGCCAACGCCCACAUCCGCGUCGAUGGAGGACUACCACAGCCAGAUCUCACCGUCCGCCGCGAAAAAAGCUUUCUUCCGGAAGGCCAAACCCGACGAUAUGGAUAAUGUACUUCGACAAGUGGACUUUGAGAAAAAGUUUAAGACAUUGCCCCAGUUCAAGCCGGAGGAUUGCCACUCGCCCAGUGCCAUCACGGCGUCGUCGCCACGAGUGUUCACGCAAAACUAUCGCAAGAAGCAAACCACGACUCACAAAACACUUACGGAGGAUGACCAGCACAACAAUCUACACUCGGACGGCAGCGCGGCUCCGCUUUCCAGCACGGCCACACCGUCCAGUUCGUACGUGAUCGGAAACCGGUUCUUCGGACCCGAUUUCAACAUGGAACAGUACAAAGAAAUGACGGCUGAGUUGGGACGGUCUGGAGGUGGCGCUGUAGGGGGAGGAACCACUGGAGGAGGUGGUGGCGGAGGAGGAGACGAACGGUCCCCCAGGACGCCCAAGACGCCGUCGCAGCGAUCGGUGAACUCGGCCGAAGAGAAGGGCCACCGGAAAAUACUCGAGCAGCGGCGCAACCUGGUGGUGCAGCUGUUCAACGAGCACGGGAUGUUCCCGUCGACCCAUGCCACUAACAGCUUUCAGCUGGCGCACAGUGACAUAUUUCCGAACAAACAAAGUCUACAGCUGAAGAUACGGGAGGUGCGCCAAAAGUCUAUGGCCCAGCAGCCCGGAUUUACGCCCCAAUCAGCUGGCCCGAUUACACCGACCGAUAUCAACAGUGGACAAUCGGAUAGUCACCAGCAGCAACAACAAUCGCUGCUUCAGCAACAUCAGCAACAUCAACUUCAGCACCAACAGCAGCAGCAGCAGCAACAGCAGCAGCAUUCCCAACAAACACACCAUCAUCACCAGCAGCAGCAACUGCAAAUGCAUCAACAGCAGGAACAGCAGCAACCAAAUUAGUUGAACAACGAAGGACGGCAACGGUGGCAAACUUGAAGGCUUUAGAACAAUCUCUCCUUGGCACGUUUACGGUGCGGUCUUUUUCAAUACACCUACCGGCGAGAUUGAUGGUCGUUACGAACUUCCGUUGAUUUCAUCGGGUGUAGAAGUUAAACUUCAUGCCGUUUGAAUAAAGAAUAUUUCACAAACUACAAUAUACACCCACACUCACGCUAUACAAUAGUUACAAUAGCACGGAUAUACUCGUAUCUCGUAUCAAGUAUGCAAUAGUCACCUAUUUAAGUAUAUUAGCGAAACGGGGCACCUUCCCCCAAAUGGCCCCACAUACGCUACAGCAACACAGGAACACACAUACACCAUCUUCCCAUCUACUCUGCUACCGGUUUUUUCGCUGGCGCUGAGCGAGAAUUCGUUUGGAACGCGCUGCCAUUUCCAAAUGUGUCAGUUAAUCGAGCUUCAGAUAAACGUAAGAACAUUCAACACAUGAGUCUGGAAAUAGAAACGUGCAAAGCCGAUGGUAACACAAACCUUAAUGCUCGUAUGCAGAAUAAGUUUUUUUUAGCUUGUAGGAAAAACGAUACUAUCCGUUUGUUUCGCUAACCUCGUUAGGGAGUUGUAGUACCUUGCACGAACUCCAUCCGCUAUCGGCGGAGGAUAGCAUUCUGCGAAUUCUCAAACCCCCAUAAAUCAAUGCCAACAAACAAGCAAGGAUUGUGGAAAGCGGGAAAGGUGGAGUGGAAGAGCUACAGCAAAAGCAAGGAAACGUGCAAUGGCCGGGCCCAAUUGUGCAGAACAAGCCGACCAGGGAAGGCAAGAGGAUGCGAGACACACACACAUGUAACGGAAACAAAGUUCGGGAACUUGUGGAACCAUAUCUUCUGGAUCGUAUGGGGAUCAACUGGUGAUUUUAGAUUGUAAGCUACAAAAAAGAGAAUUAAGCAGGUCGAGGGUAAAUGUUUGAUGAGAGUGUUAAGAGCAAAUUGGAAGAAGUGACGCAGCUGGCAUGACACACUCACGGCAGACACAAACUCUUCCGCAUCAUGUACAUAGAGUGAUAGAACAAACACAACCAUCGCCAAACCACUCGGCCGCACUACGGGGGGGCAGGGGAUGGCUAUCUUUAAACAAACUAACAAACAAACAAAUAAACAAAAAAGAGAAGAAGUAACUUUAUGUUGUAAAGAAUAAUCGAAGCGUAGUAACAAAGUACAACCGAUUUAACAAUGCCAGCAAUUUUACUGUGAGUAGUACGUAGAAGCGAUCGAUGGAGAUGAGUGUAGCCGGCCCUCUCUAGCAUAUAUUUGGUGUGAUAACAUAGUGUGGUCAAAGCUGCUAUUCCCCACAGCUAAACAAGUUGGUCUGGAGACGGUAAAAUUCAUCAAUGUUAAGGCGAAAGGAUAUUACGCCCCGGUUUCGAACUUUUUUCUUUCACAACACAUCUCUCUGCAUAAGUGUUCACAAAUGUAGAUGCUUUUGUGUUAGUAUGUGUGUGUGUGUGUAUGUGUAUGUUCCACUAGCAUCCAUCCCUUGUUGUCCGCCUGUGGACACCUAUGCAAGCCUUUUUAAUACGACUGUGGAAAAGCAACCACUUAGAGACAUUAAAAGUUAGAACUUUAAAAUUAAAAUUAAAAAGGUUUAGAAACAAAUAUACGCCGUACGUACGAGAGGAACCCUUACGACACCUGUUUCUGGGUGGGGAAGGCCAUUGUUGUGCCGACGGAUCCAUCGCUCCCGACUUUAGAAGCCAUUUUGCAUGAUUAUCCCUACCAUAUUGGUACCUUUACGCAUCAUGCCGUGUCACGAAAAGCGAGGCCAUCGAUAGCGUGUUACGAAGCUAUCGCAGUAAAAUGUAGUGUGCACACACCUCAGUAGAUUUUACGUUUUCACUCCGACAAAAGGAUUCAACAAUCACACGACAUACAUGCACAUUAAAAGAAAAAACGCUCUCACAAUCCUUAGGGCCAAACGAUGCCGAGUCAUUCCCAUUUGUUUUCCAACAAAGUAAAAAAAAAAAAAAACAAAAGAUAUAUAAUACGCAAGCGAGAAAUGGAAAAGAAAUACUAGGAGGUAGACUAAUUAAAAAUA